UUGUGAAAUGUAUUUCUAGAUAUACUUAAGGAAAUCGUCCUUUAUGAAUUGAAGUUGUUUUCAUUUGCUCAUUCUUUGGAAGCAGUAGUCGUAAGCUGUGACCUGAUUUUAUAGUUAAAUGUCAAAUGUAGAUGUGAACGGACAAACAUAUCUGUAGUUCUAAAAACCUUGAUGGCAAAAACUUUAGUUGUAUUCAGAUUAAACGCGGAUUGUAAAAUUAAUGGACAUUUUAUAUUAUUAUGGGGGUAACUUUUACGGCGGGAUACAUAAAAAUAUUUUUGACAAACACAAUGACAACAGAAUUAAUGUCCAACUGAGCAUCCAAUGGGGAAGAAGAUAUAUCAAAACUAAAGACAUUUAUUUAAUUUUGGCUUGCAGUAUGUGAACACAUGUAAACUGCUUAAUUAUAUUAGAUUAGUAGUGGGCGUUUAAGUAGCUCGAACCAAACCUAACGGAGGGUAGUCCUAGGAUUAUACCAAUUUAAAAACAUAUUUGGGUCACACAGAACCCGGUAGGUCAGUGCUAAAAUUAGAGUCUGCUUCUUUAGCCACAGCAGCCAGACUGCGCUGCAUAAAGUCAUGUAAACCAGGGGAUCCAUUAUCACAAGAGCUGCCAGUAAAGACAUGUUUUCCGUGGGUGUCAUUUAAUGCCACACGUUGACCGAAGAGGCUCCGUGCGUAACGCAAGGCACACCGCUGGAUCAACACCGAUCACUGCUGCGUGAACCAUGAUUAUUUAGAGUUUUUUUAAAUCACCGUAUACUCUUACACACCUCUACAAACAUGUCUUUUUUAACCAUACCAAGUCAAAAGGGCCUUUUUACCACGGUGAAAACAGGCAAGUCAGCCGAGGGAGCAGAGGCUCAGUCACGCACGGACGCCGAUGACUGUGAUGAUGAUGAAGAUGAUGACAGCGAGGACGUCCGAUUCAUCCCACGGUGCUCCCCGGUGCCUAGGAAGCGAGGCGCGUCCAUCUUCGAUGAGACCGCUGAGUAUAUGCGGAUCCACUUGGCGUUAGCUGCCGGGAAAAGGGUGUCAUUCGCCGAUACAACAGGUGGGGAUCUGGUGGAUGUGCGGGAAUUUAUUGCCUUCGAUUCUGACGACGAAGAGACUAGCACAAGGUGGGAGGAAGAAGAGGCAAAAUACCGAAAACCACAGCGGGAGCCGACCUAUACCAUCCACCCAGAGUUUCAUGCUCCCAUCGACAGUGUCCUGCUGAAGGCUGUGCGCACUAAUAAAGUGGAAGUUGAGAAGAUAUCCCCAGUAGAGGAUGAGCCACUUGCCUUUAGUGGGUUAAUACGAGUCCUGAACAUCUCUUUCCACAAAGCAGUUUAUAUUAGAUCUACCAUGGACAACUGGGGCACUUAUUUUGAUUACCCAGCAGAGUAUGUCCAUGGAUCUAAUGAUGGGGACACUGAUCAGUUCUCCUUCAAGCUCUCGUUUGCACCACCUUACAUCAUACACGGCUCUCGCAUGGAGUUUGUGGUUCGCUAUGAAACCUCUGAUGGUGAUUACUGGGCCAAUAACUCCUCUAUGAAUUAUGUGGUAACACUGCUCCUGUCCUAUGAAGAUGACCCAGGUCAGACAAACAUCGAUGUACAAGAAAUAAGAAGUAUCCUGAAACCUCCAAAAGUAUACAGUGUGAACAGUGAUUCAGCUUCAGAGGAUGAACAGGAAAAGGGAAAAGAAGAACCAGCGAGCUCCAAGUCAGGGCUUGUCAGGCCUACACCUAUGUGUCCAGUCAUCGUGCAGCCAGAGAUCGAUAUAGAGACUGCAGUUUGCCCGUCUGGUUCCUCUGUCCCACCCAACUAUGAGCCUCCAUCUGUCGAUGGCACACCGUCCGCUCACACUGUAUUCCCAGGUGAACAAUUUCCUUGUACGUCUUCCGAAACUACCCUUCAAACUAAUUCAGCCUUUGUACUCUGUGCCAGCAAAUUAGUCCAGCCAAAUAAGUCAGAGUCUUUACCCAAACCCCAAUGUGAAUUACACAGCCACAUAUCAGAGCAGCCCAUAUCCAGUAGUUCCUCUGCAUUGCUGCCGGCCUCUGCUCCUUCUCUUCAAGAGUCCAAACUGAGAUCAGACUACUCCCAGGCUGAAGGAGAGGAAACCCCUGCUUCAGAAACCUCUCCUACACGUCCUCCAGCCACAGAAACAAAUCUGUCAUCAACAACAUUAGAGGAUGGAUUGACUGAACCUGAACUGCUUGCUGAGGGUGUCUCCUAUCUUAGUGUGACUCAGGGCUUUGAGCGAGAAGUUGCAGAGGGAUUGACUGAACUUGCUGAAAGAUUAUCAGAAAGUUCCACAAGGUUCACAGCGCAUUGUGUUGACAGCACGCCUACGCCUUUGUUUCCUGUAGUAGAGACUCAGGCAUCUGUGGGAGCUGAAGAUAGAGCUCCACCAUCACAGGAGCUCACAGAAAGCACCUCAGUAAACACAGGUCUCACCAAAGAGAGCCAAUUCUCAGCUCUUCAAUCUGCCUCAGUCUGGGAAGAGAGUAAAGAUGUUCUCUGUAUUUCCCCUGACAUGUUAGAGAAUGAACCAACUGUGUUGUCAGAGGUUUCUGAGCCCCAUUCUGAGCAUGACAUCAACAGGAAUCUGAUGCCCUGUGUUUACUUUUUGAGUGGAGUUGUGUCCCUGUCAAUAGUGAUGCAAGAACCCAGUGCGCUUUUCCUCAUUGGACUGCUUUUUGUUUUGCACCGUUUGUGAUUCUGCCCCAAAGAUUUAUUCAGAUUUAUUGUGAAGUGCCUUUUAAUGAUUCCAAAAUAAGCAAACAAGUUGAACAAGUCCCUGCUGAGGAUGUGGUUACUUUUAUGCCAUAUGAAAUCCAAGGACAAAAUUCUUGUAAUAUUUUAGAAAACUCAAUACAAUAUUAAUUUCCCAUUUUCUAAAAUCAAAGCACACUAUACAAUCAGAACUGUUGUGUAGAUAUUGCAUAAUCACUUUUUCUUUGUCAUGUGAAGUGUAUGUGGUAUCAAACAAUCAUUACUACAAUGCACUUUUUCCUUGACUGCUGUGGUCAGUGUACUUGAGGGUGUUGUUUAGCCCAUAGACAAGUAAAAAAAACAUGGAAGUAGCCACUGGGUUGAAAAGUAAAGCCAAUAAGAAAGUGCCUUAAACUGCAGUACCACUGGAGUACUGGAGUGCUACCAAUCCUAAAUCCAUUGUAAUAAAACAACUGUUGGUAAAGAGCUGUUUUUAGCGUUGCUGUGGUCACAUCAUAGUAGUGAGCAACAUAAAAUAUCACUAACAAGUUUUCUGUUUAGACUGAACAAUUUAAGUGUGAAAUAUAGGUUUGGUUAACUUAUUUAAAAUUUCUCGAAUCCUGUGUCUCAGACAGAAAAGGAGACUAGCCAAUUAACGGCUGAGACAUCAAAUGAGCAUAUAUGCUCACCCGGCAUUUUCAAUAAGUAAGUCACAAUAACGAGCUGUGACGUUAGCAAAAGCUAGCCAGAGCUAGCCUUAGCAGACUUGCUAGCUCCUUAGAAGCUGACUUCAGACUGAAAUGAAUGCAUGAUUGUCCAUAUAAACCAAUGUAGUGUGCAAAAUACUGGACACCAUUUUUGGUGUACGACAAAAUGAGUUUGUUGUUCACUGUAAAUUAAAAGUUGUUUAAAUAUUUAUUUUAUACUACACAGUGGACAGUAUAGUGGACAGUGUGACAGUCAUGCUUCCAUUUCUGCUAUUUUUUGCUAACUUGCUUGUUUGUUUAAAAAUAUUUUAUGAUAAUAGAAAUUAUGGUCUGGGUAUAAGUUAAAUUUAACUUACAAACUAUCAAAGGAUUCUUAUAUCUUUUCUUAAAAUAAAAUGCCAAUUUCCUCUUUGGUUUCCAUUUUUAUUGCACGUUAUGCUUUGGAAGGUGUGCACUAAGAGUGCUACAAAACUGGUGGAUUAGUCCAGGAAAAGAAAGACAGCUGCUUGGUCAUUAUCACAGUUAAUGUGAAAUCACACACGAUAUAAAAAAUGCCAGAGCAAUCUGCUAUAGAGUUGUAAUCUAGCUAAAAUGGCCAACGGUGGUGAGCAUCCUGCGAUUGCAAAGUCACUUUGUAAAAGGCAUAAUAAACUCUCCAUCACAAAUGAUUUGCGACAUCAGUAAGCCUUUUAAAAUGUUUUUUUUUUUUGUUUGUUUUUUUUUGUCUUAAUUCACAUGCUGUAUAACAAAAUAUUUUAUACAUUGUGUGAGUUAUAAACCUAUUCACAAAAAAUAGACAGUAAAUCAGGGCAAAGAUACAUUGCACAAGUUUAGUUUAGCUUAUGUCAGCUAAUGCUAGUAGCAUUAGCUAGCUAAGUUAACGUGUCCAUACCAAUGACCAAAUGCAAAACGUUAUGCUUCAAAACAAUUCUCAGAAUUAGCAGGGCUACAUCACAAUGGCUAAUUCCAGUUUUUAGAUUGAGUCUAAGAUCACUAUACUGCUAUAAGCUUAACUUUUAUUAAUUCCAUGUGUUAUGUCUUUAAUGAGGCACAAAAACAUUUAACUAAAAAAGACUUGUUGCACAAAAGCAUUUUGUUUACCAAAUACACAUUAAGUAAAAUACAAAUGUAAGAUAGAAAUGGAUGCAGAUACAAGUGGAAGACCAUCCUCUGUGGCCUGUAGAGAUGGUAUUGACCAUUUGAGAACAUUGGCCACCACACUGAUUGUGUCAGACGUGUGUUUUUGUUGAUUCAUGCCAGUAAACCCAUACUGUUGUUGUGGCACAGCAAAAAAUUUUAUGACCCUGUAUUUUGAUUCUCACAGAAAGACUUGAAUAGAACAGAAUAACAUGUUUGAAGUGGUGAACGUUUUUUUGCCGUGUAUAAUCAUUAAACAGGGUCUCAUACCACCAAUACUUUGUGUUUUCAUUUAUUUUUUUCCUCUACAGUAUUCUAAAAAAGAAACACAUUCACUGCAAUUUUAAGCACAGUGAUGACAUUACAGUGCAGAGCGGAACAUUUUGUAGUCACUGACACAAUUUUAAAAUAACAUCAGACCCUUCAGCGCCUCCAUGACUGGAGCCCGUAGAGCUUUGCUUGAAGUAGAAACACACAGAUGGCAACAUGAGCUGCAGAAAGAAGCCAAAGGUCAUGCAUUGCAUUGAAGUCAUAGUGUCUUGCAGCACACAUUGGCCAUUGUAAGCUGAGAUCAGUUGCUGAAAGCUGUAAAUUCUCACUAAAUCUACCUGGAUGAGAAGUUAGAGACUGUGCAGUUAUUAUGGGCUGAUAUUUCAAAGACAUCUUCAUUUUUGAUCUUUAAUGUCGGGGACUUACUUAAAUCUUUUCUUGCUUAAUUUUAUGAGUAAUGAGUCGCCUUAGAAACUUAAAACUCAUAUUUGUUCCUGUCAGUCCUCGGCU